GUUCGCAGUCAUUAAAUGGAAAGUUGUAAGGGAGAUCAAGGUAGAACCGUAUCGCACGGGGGAGACGCCGCUCUCACUCCACUGUCGCCUUCGCUCUUCUGCUCCCUCACUCUAAUGCCGCCCGCCCACGCUCUGCUCCUGCUCUUGGCAUUCGCUUCUCUCGGAUCUCGGAGCAGCCUUCAGGUGAUCGCAGGAGAUUGUCCUCUGGACUUUAGUUGGUCAAACUUCAGUUUAGCAUCUUCUACUUGUUCAGAUCAAAAUCAGCUAGGCAAAUGUUGUCGUUAUAUCAGUGCAUUUGUUGUAAUAUCUAUUGCUAGAUAUGCAAAUGCUACUGGAAGACUGGGAGUUCCUGCAGCAUUUACUGAAGUCUGCCUUAAGUUUAUUGCUGAAUCCUUCAACUUAUAUGGGAUUCCUCCUAAUGCGCUAUCGUCUUGCGGUUUGGGCCCGAAGAUUCAAGUUUCAUAUCAAUGCGAGGGUAGAGCUACUGUAUUGGAAAUAAUGCAGUCUCCCAAUUUUAGUGAUGUCAUUGAAACUUGUGAUGAGCCUCUUUCAUUAGAUAAUAGUUGCAAGAGGUGUCUAAACUCUGGCAUUGUAUACCUUCACCACCUUAUAGCAGUAGAUGAUAAUGUCACUUUAAGUGUAUGCCGUGAUGCAGUUUUUGUGACACUUGCAAACCAAGGUGGCAACUUUUCUGCUGUUGAUCUUGUCACUUGCUUUUUUGGCGUGCAAGGGCUCAGUAUUCUUUCAGCAAUAUCCUCAGGAUCACGCACGCCUACAUCUUCCCCUAGUUCUGUGUCUUCAAGUUCUGUUUCUGCUGAAGCUCCAAAGCAACAAUUACUUACUGGUCCUGUCAAAAAAAACUGGCAUACUUACCACCUUACACUUCUUCCUGGAAUUGGCAUUGCAGUUAUUGGCCUGUCAAUUUUGCUAAUUCUAAUCUUGAUACUGCUUAUUCGUCAGAAAAGCAGAAAACUGAAGAACUCAGUUUCUCAGAUGAGCUCCUGGAAUGCUUUUCCACCUGCUCAAGUCCACAGGUCUCAAGAAGGUCCAUCAAACAUGUUUGGAAGAUUCACAUACAAGGUAAUAAAAAAGGCAACAGAGAAUUUUAGCACUGUCAUAGGUAAAGGUGGAUUUGGAACUGUCUACAAGGCUCAGUUUGCUGAUGGCUCUAUAGCUGCUGUAAAACGGAUGAACAAAAUUUCAAAGCAAGGUGAGGAAGAAUUCUGCCGGGAAAUAGAACUUCUUGCAAGACUGCAUCAUCGCCAUCUUGUUACACUCAAAGGUUUUUGUGCUGAGAGAAAUGAGAGGUUUCUGAUAUAUGAAUAUAUGGAGAAUGGAAGCCUUAAGGAUCAUCUUCAUUCACCAGGGAAGAAUAGGUUAAGCUGGAGCACUAGGCUAAAAAUUGCAGUUGAUGUGGCCAAUGCCCUGGAGUAUCUCCAUUUCUAUUGUGAUCCUCCUCUCUGUCACAGAGACAUAAAAUCAAGCAAUAUUCUUUUGGAUGAGAAAUUGGUAGCUAAGGUGGCAGACUUUGGCCUUGCACAUGCGUCAAGGAAUGGUGCAAUUAGCUUUGAGCCAGUAAAUACAGAUAUCUGUGGAACUCCAGGAUAUAUGGAUCCUGAAUAUGUGGUGACUCAAGAAUUGACACAGAAGAGUGAUAUAUACAGCUAUGGUGUGUUAUUGCUCGAGUUGGUGACUGGCAGGAGAGCAAUACAAAAUGACAGGAAUCUCAUAGAAUGGUCUCAGAAUUUCAUGGCAUCAGUAUCUACGAUAACGGGCCUGGUAGAUCCUGCAAUUGAGGACUCUUUUGAGUUUGAGCAAUUGCAAAUGCUGGUCGAGAUCAUACAGUGCUGCACCAAUAAAGAAGGGCGAGAUAGGCCAUCUAUCAAACAAGUUCUUAGGGUGUUCUCUGAGCAUCUGGAUCCAGUGCAAAAUGGGUUUUCAGUUGAUGAUCCUGCCACAGGAAAGACCAGCAUACCAACAACGCACAAGAAUGAGGUUAUUCCUAACAGUGGGGAUGCAAAACUGCAAUCGUCCUCCAGUACUUCAAGAUCCUAUUGUAGCCGAAGCAUCUUGCUUGAGAGCAGUUCACCGCAGUCGCCUUCUGGCGUGCUUUCACUGUAGUUUAACUUUUCCCAAGUCUUCUUGCGUCUUAUUUUGGUAAUGAGCAAUGGCUACUAUAAGGAGAGCACAAGCUCAAAGUACCUCAAGGAUGUGUUGCGGAAUUGCAGCUUUGCUCACACUUUGCUUGGCGAUGCCACUGUUCAAUAUGAUAUCAUGUGGAAAUGCUAAUAACUGCAGUGGCAGUUUAGGUUUUUCAUUUGCAAACGUGAGAACAUUAAGAUGUAUAGGUUAGUGGUUUGGUUGUACCUAUUUUUGUUUUACGUUGUGAGUUUUUUGGGGGAAAAUUAAUUGAUUUUCUGAA